CAUGGUUGACUAUACUGUGGAGUAUGACUAUGAUGCUGUGCAUGAUGAUGAAUUAACUAUUCAAGUUGGUAAAAUCAUCAGGAAUGUGAAAAAACUACAGGAGGAAGGAUGGCUAUAAGGAGAACUAAAUGGGAGAAGAGGAAUGUUUCUGGAUAAUUUUGUUAAGGAAAUUAAGAGAGGAACAGAAUCCAAGGAUGACAAUUUGCCCAUCAGACGGGAAAGGCAUGGGGAUGUAGCAAGUCUUGUACAAUGAAUAAGCACCUAUGGACUUCCAGCUGGAGGAAUUCAGCCACAUCUGCCAACUAAAAACAUUAAAAAAAAAAAGAUCAAGAAGCGGCAAUGUAAGGUUCUGUUUGAGUACAUUCCACAAAAUGAUGACGAACUGGAGUUGAAAGUGGGAGAUAUUAUUGAUAUUAAUGAUGAGGUAGAAGAAGGCUGGUGGAGUGGAACCCUGAACAAUAAGUUGGGACUGUUUCCCUCAAAUUUUGUGAAAGAAUUAGAGAUAACAGAUGAUGGUGAAACUCAUGAAGCCCAGGAGGAUUCAGAAUCUGUCUGGACUGGGCCCACCUUAUCUUUCUCCUCUCAGGGGAAUGGGAAUGAAACUGCACCCGGAUCGGUGACACAGCCAAAGAAAAUUCGAGGGACUGGAUUUGGAGAUAUUUUUAAAGAAGGCUCUGUGAAACUUAGGACAAGAGCAUCCAGUAGUGAAACAGAAGAGAAAAAAUCAGAAAAGCCCUCAAUCAUACAGUCACUAGGAUCCAGAACUCAGAACACGGAGAUAACAAAAUCAGACACUAAAGGUAAAACAAAAGCUAAGGAGUAUUGUAGAGCGUUAUUUGCCUAUGAAGGUACUAAUGAAGAUGAACUUACUUUUAAAGAGGGAGACAUAAUCCACUUGAUAAGUAAGGAGACUGGAGAAACUGGCUGGUGGAAGGGUGAACUUAAUGGUAAAGAAGGAGUAUUUCCGGACAAUUUUGCUGUUCAGUUAAAUGAACUGGAUAAGGACUUUCCAAAACCAAAGAAACCACCACCUCCUGCUAAGGGUCCAGCCCCAAAGCCUGAGCUGAUAUCUAGAGAGAAAAAGUAUUUUCCUGUAAAGCCUGAAGAAAGAGAUGAAAAAUCCAUGCUGGACCAGAAACCUUCUAAACCAGCUGCUCUACAAGUUCUACCCAAGAAGCCUACUCCACCCACCAAAGCCAAUAAUUUAUUGAGAUCUUCUGGAACAGUGUACCCAAAGCGACCUGAGAAACCAGUUCCUCCACUACCACCUGUAGCCAGGAUUAAUGGGGAAGUGCCUGCCAUUUCAUCAAAAUUUGAAACUGAGCCAGUAUCAAAACCAAAGUUAGAUUCUGAACAGUCACCACUUAGACCAAAAUCAGUAGAUCUAGAUUCAUUUACAAUUAGGAGCUUUAAAGAAACAGAUAUUGUGAAUUUUGAUGACAUAGCUUCCUCAGAAAACUUAGUCCAUCUCACUGCAAACAGACCGAAGAUGCCUGGAAGAAGGUUGCCUGGCCACUUCAAUGGCGGGCAUUCUCCAACUCAAAGCCCAGAAAAAAUCUUGAAGUCACCCAAAGAAGAAGAUAGUGCCAACAUAAAGCCAUCUGAAUUUAAAAAGGAUUCUUGCAACUCUCCAAAGCCAUCUCUGUACCUUUCAACACCUCCAAGUACUUCAAAACCAAAUGCGGCUAGUUUUUUAACUCCAUUAGAAAUAAAAGCUAAAUUAGAAGCAGACGAUGGGGAAAAAAAUUCCCUGGAUGAAAUUGAAGCUGAGAUGAUUGAACUGCUGUGCAUUGUGGAAGCACUGAAAAAGCAGCACGGGAAAGAACUGGAAAAACUACGAAAAGAUUUGGAAGAAGAGAAGGCUCUGAGAAGUAAUCUAGAAGUAGAAAUUGAGAAGCUGAAAAAAGCUGUCCUAUCUUCUUGAAGAGGCACAAACCCA